CCCCUUCAAUCUCUCUUUCUCUCUCGUCAUUUUCUCUAAAAUUUUCCCACGCCAGAAGGCCUUCUGCUUUCUAUCUCCAAACCCUGCGAUCUCCGCCCUCCAGUCGCCGGGAAAUCUCUCCGCCCACGCCGCGAUUUCCUCCGAUUUGGCGAUUCAUUUCCACAGGCAUAGACGUGGAGCUGCAAGACAGUACGGGACUGCAAACGGGUAAUAUUGCAUGGGUGGUCAUGAGGGCUGGGCACAGCCCAAUGGCUUUUCUCCAAAUGGUCUAUUGCCCAAUGAAGCAGCCUCUGUGACUAGAACACUUGACCAGGAGAGGUUGUCACUUGCUGAAGAGAGAACUAAACAGCUGAUUGCCUGCAUUCAGCCUAACCAACCCUCUGAGGAACGCAGAGAGGCUGUUGCGAGUUAUGUGAAGAGUCUCAUCAUGAAAUGCUUCUCUUGUAAGGUGUUCCCCUUUGGGUCUGUACCCCUCAAGACUUAUCUACCAGAUGGGGACAUUGAUCUAACAGCAUUCAGUACCAGCCCAAAUUUGAAGGACACUUGGGCUAAUGAGGUACGGGAUAUUCUAGAGAGAGAAGAAAAGAGUGGGGAUGCUGAAUUCCGUGUAAAAGAAGUUCAAUACAUCCAGGCAGAGGUCAAGAUAAUAAAGUGCCUAGUGGAAAAUAUCGUAGUGGACAUAUCCUUUAACCAGAUUGGUGGGUUAUGUACUCUUUGCUUCCUUGAGGAGGUUGACCAUUUGAUAAGGCAAAAGCACCUGUUCAAGCGCAGCAUAAUAUUGAUUAAAGCUUGGUGUUACUAUGAGAGCCGUAUUUUGGGCGCUCAUCAUGGACUUAUUUCGACUUACGCUCUGGAGACAUUGGUUUUGUACAUAUUUCGUGUUUUCAAUAAUUCUUUUGCUGGGCCACUUGAGGUACUUUAUCGUUUCCUGGAGUUCUUCAGUAAAUUUGACUGGGAAAAUUAUUGUGUUAGUCUGUGGGGUCCAGUACCCAUUAGUUUGCUUCCUGAUGUGACAGCGGACCCUCCUCGAAAGGAUAGCGGGGAGUUAUUACUCAGCAAAUUAUAUCUUGAUGCUUGGAGCUCUGUAUAUGCUGUUUUGCCUGUUGGACAAGAAAAUCCAGAGCAACCCUUCAUUUCCAAAUAUUUUAAUGUCAUUGAUCCAUUGCGUACAAACAAUAAUCUUGGACGCAGUGUCAGUAAAGGUAACUUUUUUAGGAUUCGUAGUGCUUUUGCUUUUGGGGCUCAAAGACUAGCCCGAUUACUUGAUUGUCCAAAGGACAAUGUCAUUGCGGAAGUCAACCAGUUUUUCAUGAACACAUGGGAAAGACAUGGGAAAGGCGAUCGCCCUGAUGCACCUAGUCCUGAUCUUUAUGGUUUGCAACAGGCUAGCUCAAAUCAUAUUGAAGGAUCUGACGGUUUCAGGAGUAAUCCAAACAGAAAGAAAGUGAAAGAGAAUUCUACUAGUCACGAGUCUGAGGUUGAGGUGACUCGUGGUUCUCAUGCUUCUCACAGUGUUUCUUCACAGCGUGGAAACUAUCCAUCAAAACAAAUUUCUAGGACUGCUGCUGUAUAUGCUGCUUCUCAUACUCAAAACCAGAAGGCCUAUGCCAACUUAACUAGCUCAAUUACUGCCGAUCAGAAUCAUCAGACUGCACAGAGUACAAGUUCCAAUGAGAACAUUCAUACUGACAAGGGGAGAAGUUCUAGACCAGAUUACUUGGGAAAUGAAGUGCAUGCCAGAUAUCAGUUUGCCAGGACACAUUCUAGUCCUGAGCUUACUGAUGCAUCUAGCGAUGUUCCAUCCAGAGGAAGGCGUAACAGGACAUCAGAAACAGGAAAAGGCCAGACGGUUCCUGCAAGGUCUGAUUAUAGCAGGAGAAGAAACUUGGGUUCUGAAGUUCCAGACUACCAUAGUGCUAGAUCUUCAACUGAAAAUUCACCAUCUUCAAGGCAUGGCUCAUCCCAUCGAAGUAUUGAUGCUGCUGUCAAUUCAAAUAGUGCUUCUAAUAGCUAUCAUGGUGAAUCUGGCUUAAGUACUGUAGGAGAAGACCAUCCUUCUGUUGCUGAAACCAUGCAGAUGCACCAGGAAGAGCAAGAUCGUGUAAACAUGAUGGCUUCCAGGGUUCAUGGUUUUAGUGGACAGAUUCAGAUGCCAGUAAAUCUAGCUUCUGCUCAUCUGCCGGUUCCAAUAUCGCCUUCUAUUUUAGCUUCACUAGGACAUGCUCACAGAAAUGUGGCUGGUAUGAUUCCAACAAAUAUGGCUUCAUUUGGGCCUCCUUGGGGCUCAAAUAUUCAUUAUUCUCAAGGUUUAACUUCUUUGCCAGUUUCUCAAUAUUUUCCUAGUGUAGGAAUGACCUCAAAUAAAGAAAUGGUUGAACCGCUUGAUGAUAAUUUGGGAUCAACUGAAAUUAAUCAGGAGAAUAAUGAUCAUGGUUUCUGGUCUGAGCGUGACUCAGAUUCCAUGAGAGACUUUGAUCCUGAUAAUGGAAAUUCAGUGGGGUUUAACAUUGGUACCUCAUCUCGACCAAGCAGCUCUGACAAUUAUUUAAUGAAAGCUCAAGGAGUAACAAAAGAAAACAGAGGGUUAAUCAGGGAAAACUAUGGCGACAAUUCCCAAUAUCAAAACAUCAAAGGAACUGAUGUUUACUCUGCUGCCAGUUCACGAUCUAUACCUGCUUCCCAGGCCCCUCCUGCAAGAAGCAAGUUGUCUUCUGAAGGUUCCUGGGAUGAAUCACCUUCAAAGGUUUCAAGGUCAGCAAGGGACAGACGGGGAAGGAGAACUGCUCCUUCUGCAGAACCUUCUACCACGUAUAGGUCAGGUAAGAAUGGGCGGCAAUAUGAGGGUGAAUUGGCUGAGCAUGUUUCUUCUCUGCCAGAUAAUGACAGCAGAAACUGGAUUCAAUUGUCAACGGCAGGCAAUGAGGGGGCAGAAAGUACAGUUUCUGGAACUGUUGAUUCUUCACAUGUUCGUACUAACUUAAUUCCUGGUUAUGAAACUGCACAGAUGAGUGGAUCAAGUUCAAUGCUUCCCAUUUCUCCAAUGCUUGUGGGUUCCGAUUCAAGACAGAGAGGAGCUGAUAACCAUGGAAUGGUACCUGUUGCAUUUUAUCCCAUGGGGCCACCGAUUCCUUUUGUAGCAAUGCUUCCUUUUCCUGUAUAUAAUUUCCCAAAUGAGAUGGGAAAUUCCAGUUCAUCAACAAGCCAUUUAGAUGGGGAUGAGGAGUUUAGUAACUCUAAUGCAAGCCAGUCUGAUCAGAACUUGGAUUCACCUGAGAACCUUGAUCAGUCAGAGAUCUUCAAUAAUUUGAAUUCUAUGAAAGGGCCUGCUUCUAUGGAGCCUUCUGAUGAGCACGAGUCAGACAUUCUGAACAGUGAUUUUGCUAGUCAUUGGCAGAAUCUGCAAUAUGGGCGGCUUUGCCUGAAUACCAGAAAUCAUGAGCCUUUGCUUUAUCCUUCUUCUGUUAUGCCACCCAUGUAUUUUCAGGGUCCAUGGGACAGUCCUGGAAGACCUCUAUCUACAAACAUGAACCUCUUUGCACAGCUUAUGGGUUAUGGUCCUCGCCUCAUUCCUGUUUCACCUCUCCAGCCUGGGUCUAAUAGGCCUACUGGUGUUUAUCAACAUUAUGGUGAUGAAGUUCCUAGAUAUCGUGGUGGGACUGGGACUUACUUGCCAAAUCCUAAGAUGUCUUUUAGGGACCGGCAAUCUUCAAAUACCAGAAACCACAGGGGGCAUUAUGGUUACGAUAGGAAGGAUCACCAUGGUGACAGGGACGGAAACUGGAACAUCAACUCUAAGCCACGAUUUUCUGGUCGUGCUCAAGGUCGGAACCAAGUUGAUAAGCCAAACUCAAGGAUUGAUCGGUCAACAUCAAGUAACAGCCAAUCUGAUAGAUCAUGGGAUACAUUCAAGCAUGAACCUUUCCCCUCAUAUUACUCCCAAAACGGUCCUCUUAGCUCCUCAAACUCCACUAACCGUGGUUCUGCCAAUAUGGCAUAUGGCAUGUAUCCAAUGCCAGUCAUGAAUCCAAAUGGUGUUUCUCCAUCUGGAACUGGUGUGCCUGUAGUUAUGCUGUAUCCAUAUGACCAGAACAUGGGCUAUGCGUCUCCAACUGAUCAGCUUGAGUUUGGGUCUCUUGGGCCUGUUCAUUUCUCAGGUAUAAAUGAAGUGUCUCAACUCAGUGAAGUUUCAUCAAGGGGGGUCAAUGAUUUGCGAAAUUUCCAAGGAGAUUCUGCACUUUCUUCACCAGAUCAGCCCUCUUCGCCCAAGAUUCAAAGGGGGACUUAACUGUUUCAGCAGAACCUUGACCCAGAGGAAUCAACAGUUAAAGGAAGAACUGCCACAACCUUCUCUUCCCGAACCAAGGAGAUAUUGUGGGAGACAGCAACUACAAUGAUAAACCCUCCCAUUACAAGACCGCCUGGUUUAUGGCCAACCCAAGGGAAGUAUCAGUCUUCUUCAUUCAUCCAUCGACUGCACUCAGGUAAAUGACCAUUAGGUAACACACCCAACUGGUCAUUUGCACUCUACAGAAUCAGAUAGAUUUUACCUACAACCAUUUGUGGUAGAAGCAGAAUAGGGGAAGGGAAGGUAUUGGCUUGAUUUCUUUAAAACAGGGUCGGGGAGCAGCCAGAGUUAGCCAUGGUACAGAAGUGGGAUGACAAAGAUGAGGAAGCCAGAGGUUUGUAGUGUCUUUACUCUCGAGGGAUCUGAUCUCCUUUCAGGUAAAAGCACUAAAGGUUUUACUUUCCUUCUUCAUAUCACAGACUUGCUCUGUUCUAUAUGUAUUAUUAGUAUUUCGGAUUUCCCCCAAAUCACAAAUAACUCAUGUUCAAUUGUCCAUUAGGGUGACCCCCCUCUGUUUUAGCCCUGUUUCAAAUGGCAUAAUGUAGAAUUAUCAUUGUCAAGAGAUAAAUUAGAUAAAAAAAAAUUCUUAAUCCUUGUUACUUUUGACACAUUUUCUGAAUGAUAUCUUACGUGUUGAUUAUUUUGCAUUAAA